AUGCAUGCUCUCACCCAUGCGACCAAAGUAGCUCUACGUGGCGCAGGGGCCCAACGAGCAGUGCUCGUUGCGGGAAGGCGUCAUGCCUUACAGGCCGUGAGGCGCGCCAUCCCUGCCUCUGCUCGAGGCAUCCAGUCCGUUGCACAGACAGACAGAGAUACCAUUACCCGUCUCCUCUACUCGAUUGGCACCAAGCGCGAGGUCGAGAGGUAUUUGAGGAUCUUCUCUUCUUCUUCCGACGCUUCGAACCCUGCCAAGUUUGCCGUCAUCAAGAUUGGUGGCGCGGUGCUUGAGGAGAUCGAUGAGCUUGCUCUGAGUCUCAGCUUUCUCUAUCGUGUCGGACUCUACCCUGUUGUCCUGCAUGGCGCAGGGCCACAGCUGAACAACAUCAUUGAGAGCGAGGGGGUUGUUCCCGAUUACAUCGAUGGUAUCCGUGUCACAGAUGCGAAGACGCUCCAGAUUGCACGUCGAGUGUUCCUGGAGGAGAAUCUCAAGCUCGUUGGUGCGUUGGAGAAGCUUGGUACUCGUGCUCGCCCUAUCACCUCUGGCGUAUUCACUGCGGACUUUCUGGACAAGGACAAGUACGGAUUGGUCGGCAAGAUCACAAAGGUGGACAAGCGUCCUCUCGAAGCAUCUAUCAGGGCGGGUGCUUUGCCUAUCCUUACCAGCUUAGCAGAAUCCGAGUCUGGCCAGAUCCUCAACGUCAACGCUGACAUCGCUGCGGGCGAGCUUGCGAAGGAGCUUGAGCCACUAAAGAUUGUGUUCUUGAACGAGAAGGGUGGCUUGUUCCAUGGUGUCACUGGAGAGAAGCUUGACGUGAUUAACUUGGAUGAGGAGUAUGACGAGCUCAUGAAGCAGCCAUGGGUGAAGUAUGGUACAAAAUUGAAGCUUAGGGAGUUCAAGGAGCUCCUGGACCACCUCCCGCGCACAUCAUCCGUAGCCGUCAUCCGCACUGAUAUGUUGCAGAGGGAGCUAUUCACCGAUAGCGGGGCGGGCACCCUUAUCCGUCGUGGAUACAAGCUGUUCCACCACAACUCAAUCGACUCCGUUGGCCCGGAUCGCGUUCGUCAGGUCAUUCACGAUCGCGACCCUGACGUACUUUCUGGGGACGACAGCGUCACCGGCGUGCUGAACAGGAUCAAGGAGACGCCGUACACAAUAUACGGCGACGAGCCGCUCGAUGUCCUGGCGAUUGUGUCUCGUCCGGAGGGCGAGGUCCCGGUCAUGACCAAGCUGCUCGCAUCUCGAAGCGGCAUCAUGAACGGUAUCGUCGACAACGUCUUCAACGCCAUCAAGAGAGACCACCGCCGGCUCUUCUGGACUGCGCGCGCGGACGAUGAGAACCGUGCAUGGCACUUCGAGCGCGCGGACGGGAGCUUUACGCGUGCCGGCAGGACGCUCUUUUGGUACGGUGUGCACGAUGUGGACGAAGUUGAGCGCAUCGUAAAGAGCUUCGAGGCGAACGGCCGUAUCAGCAGGUCGUACCUCCCCGUCGGGCCCUCUGCGGCCCCGAAGAGUGGUAGCGCCGCCGGCGUGCGCUCCUACUCGACUCUCUCGCGGCGCCCUCUACCUGGAUCGUCAAGAAGCUACGCGACGGCCGCCAGCGCGCCAUCGACAGAGCCCAAGCGCCUUGCUCUAAUCGGUGCGCGAGGAUUCACUGGUCAAGCUCUGACCACGCUCCUCUCCGCUCACCCGUACCUCAAUCUCACUCAUGUUUCGUCCAGACAGCUUGCUGGAUAUCCCUUAGAGUCAUACACUAAGGCGUCUAUCAAGUUCUCGGAUCUCUCCAUGGAGGACGUCGAGCGGAUGGAGAAGGACGGCGAGGUGGACGCGUGGGUGAUGGCGCUGCCGAACGGCGUGUGCAAGCCGUUUGUGGAUGCGGUGGAGCGCGGGGCGAAGGGGCGCGCGAGGGACGCGGGGAGCGUGGUGGUGGACCUGAGCUCAGACUAUCGCUUCGAGGAUGGAUGGACGUACGGCCUACCGGAGCUCUACUCGCGCGACGCGAUCCGCGCCUCAAAACGGAUCUCCAAUCCGGGCUGCUACGCGACAUCGUCCCAGCUACUAAUUGCUCCUCUCCUCAAGUAUGUCAAAGAAGGCGCGUGGCCAACGGUGUUCGGCGUGUCCGGAUAUAGUGGAGCCGGCACCACUGCUGGCCCUCCCGCUCCCGACGGCCGUCCCACCACCAUCGCUAAAACCACUCCCGAAAGCCUCUUCGGGGGGAUCAAGCCGUACUCGCUGACAGACCAUAUCCACGAGCGGGAGGCCGCGUGGCACCUUUCGCACCUGGCGGGCUCGCAGGUCAAGCUCGCAUUUGUGCCCACUGUUGCACCGUGGUUUAGCGGGAUCAUCUCCAUUAUGUCGAUGCCGCUGAGCGACAAGCUCAGCGCGCGAGAUGUCAAGGCCCUUUACGAAAAGAAAUACAAGGGCGAGAAGCUGAUUAGGAUCAAGCAGGAGGUGCCGAUGCUCCCUGAUGUGGAAAACCAACAUGGUUGGACGGUUGGUGGGUUCCAAGUGCAUAGCGAGGGCGAUCGGGCCGUUGUCGUGGGUGGUCUUGACAACUUGCUCAAGGGUGCUGCAACACAAUGUCUCCAGAACUUGAACCUCGCGCUCGGGUAUGACGAGUACGCUGGGAUUCCGGUGGCUUAG